AUGGGGGUGAGGCGGGAGGGGAGAGCGGCGGCAGCAGCGGCCGCGGCCACAGCUCCAGUUCCAGCUCCGGCUCCCGCGUCCCGGGCCCCGCGCCCCGACCCUAGCCGCCGCGCCUGCCGGGGGGCCUCGUGCGCCCCCGCCGCCCGCUUCACGCUGAAGUUCCUGGCCGUGCUGCUGGCCGCGGGCAUGCUGGCGUUCCUCGGUGCCGUCAUCUGCAUCAUCGCCAGCGUGCCCCUGGCGGCCAGCCCCGCGCGGGCGCUGCCCGGUGGCGCCGACAACGCCUCGGCCGCAGCAGCGGGCGCCGCCGCGUCCCCGGGUCCGCAGCGCAGCCUAAGCGCGCUGCACGGCGCCGGCGGCUCGGCCGGGCCCCCGGCGCUGCCCGGAGCGCCCGCAGCCAGCGCGCACCCGCUGCCGCCCGGGCCGCUCUUCAGCCGCUUCCUGUGCACCCCGCUGGCGGCCGCCUGCCCGUCGGGGACCGAGCAGGGAGACGCGGCGGCGGGCGAACGAGAGGAGCUGCUGCUGCUGCAGAGCACGGCUGAGCAGCUGCGCCAGACGGCGCUGCAGCAGGAGGCGCGCAUCCGCGCCGACCAGGACACCAUCCGCGAGCUCACCGGCAAGCUGGGCCGCUGCGAGAGCGGCUUGCCGCGCGGCCUGCAGGACGCCGGGCCCCGCCGCGACACCAUGGCCGACGGGCCCUGGGACUCGCCCGCGCUGCUGCUGGAGCUGGAGAAUGCCGUGCGUGCCCUCCGCGACCGCAUCGACCGCAUCGAGCAGGAGCUCCCAGCCCGGGCAAACCUUUCUGCUGCUCCUGCCCCGGCCACACCCACGGCGCUGCAUGCCAAGAUGGACCAAGUGGAGGAACAGUUGCUGACCAAGGUACUGGCACUGGAAAAGGAGCGCACGGCCCUCAGCCACAGCAGCCACCGGCAGCGUCAAGAGGUAGAGAAGGAGCUGGAGACCCUGCUGGACCGCGUGGCUGAGCUGGAGCAUGGGUCCUCUGCCUACAGUCCCCCACACGCCUUCAAGAUUAGCAUCCCCAUCCGCAACAACUACAUGUAUGCCCGCGUGCGCAAAGCCCUGCCCGAGCUCUACGCCUUCACUGCCUGCGUGUGGCUCCGCUCCCGCUCGAGUGGUCCCGGUCAGGGCACCCCCUUCUCCUACUCAGUGCCUGGGCAAGCCAAUGAGAUUGUGCUGCUGGAAGCUGGCCCGGACCCUAUGGAGCUGCUUAUUAAUGACAAGGUCACCCAGCUGCCCCUGAGCCUGAAGGACAAGGAAUGGCACCACAUCUGUAUUUCCUGGACCACGAGGGACGGCCUGUGGUCUGCCUACCAAGAUGGGGAGCUGCGGGGCUCUGGCGAGAACCUGGCUGCCUGGCACCCCAUCAAGCCUCAUGGGAUCCUUAUCCUGGGCCAAGAGCAGGAUACCCUGGGAGGGCGCUUUGAUGCCACCCAGGCCUUCGUUGGUGACAUCACUCAGUUUAACCUGUGGGACCACACCCUGACACCUGCCCAGGUCCUCAGCAUCGCCAACUGCACUGGACCGCUGCGGGGCAAUAUCGUGCCCUGGGAGGACAGGCUGGUGGAAGCUUUCGGUGGUGCCACUAAGGCUGCCUUUGAUGUCUGCAAGGGAAAGGCCAAGGCCUGA